AUGCAAUUCGCCGUUGUCCCAUUCGUUUUCUUUUCUAUUUUCUAUACUGCGUUUGCUGCAAGCACUCCAGUAUGCACAAAUGGAUUCACCUUAAUCAAUAACAAAUGCCUAAAGCUGUAUACAACUCCUGCAAGUUACUCCGCAGCCGAAGAAUCUUGCCGAAGCGUUGGAGCCACAUUAGUGACUGUCAAAAAUGCAAAUGAUAAUCAAGCGAUCACCACUAUUGUGGGAUCCACUGUUUCUCUUGUAUGGAUGGGUUUGUAUUGUCUGGACAAUGAUCCUUCUAAGUGCUUAUGGGACGAUUCUACUGGAUCCGCAGGGAUGUACAGUAACUUUGCAAGUGGUUUCCCACUUGUCAAUAUUGGAAAAUGUGUCUACUACUCUGUGCGAGGAGUAUUAGCAGGAAAAUGGGUUAGCGGAGAUUGUGACAACGAUCCAACAGCAUUCGUUUGUGAAUUGCCGUAUACUAUUGCAGAUAACUGUGCUUACAAUUACAACGGAUUUUGUUAUUCCAUUCAUAGCUCGGCUGCAUUUGUUCAAGCACAAGAGACAUGUGAAAAAGAGUGCGGAAAUCUUGUUUCAAUAACUUCUGAAAUGGAAAACCGAUAUGUUUCCACGAUAGGAAGUCGCGGGAUAUCUUCAGAUUAUUUACUCAUUGGAGCAAUGUGGCCGUGGUCCGACAUGUUUGCUUGGGUUGAUGGAUCUGUUUGGAGUUACAAUAACAUAGAUCCAUCCAACACUCCCAAUAGUGGUACUUGUAUGGUCAUUGUGAAUUCAAGAGCAAGCUCCAAAGCAUUUGGUUUUUGGGAGGGUACCACUUCCAGUAAUGCUUGGCCUUUCAUUUGCAAACGUCCUGCUGGAGCUCAGUGUCCUCCGAACCAGCCAUUGGUUAAGGUCACUCCUGUUCCAAACCAGCCAUCAUAUUGUAAUUCUGCACUCCUUCUUGCACCUGGAGUCAUUACAUCCCCCAAUUAUCCACACAACUAUGAUAACAAUCACUUCUGCUCUUACCAAUUGGCCACUCUAGGAUCCUACAAGAUUCUUCUCAAAUUUGACGAGUUUAUCACUGAAUCAAAUGAUGAUAUCGUUAGAGUUUACGAUGGCGACUCUUCGGAUAAACCUCUAUUGGGAACUUACAGUGGAAACUUGAACCCAUUCAGUUUAGUUUCAACUGGAAAUACGAUGUAUGUCACAUUCAAGACUGAUGCGUUCAACAAUUUUCAAGGAUUUUCUGCCAGGUUUUUGUCGUAUUCCGGAAGUUAUGCCACAGCGGAAGCAUCUUGUCGGAGCGUUGGAGCAACAUUAGCGACUGUUAAAAAUGCAAAUGAGAAUCAAGCGAUUGCCACUUUUGUGGAUCGCAGGGUUGAAGCUUUAUGGAUAGGUCUGUUCUGUUUUGAGAAUGAUCCCUCAAAAUGUUUAUGGGACGAUGGUACAGGAUCAGCAGGAAUAUACAGUAAUUUUGCAAGUGGUUUCCCACGCGUUGAAGUCGGUAAAUGUGUCUAUUAUUCGGGACGUGGAGUGUUGAUGGGACAAUGGAUUAGCGGGGACUGCCUGGGGCUGCAGAAAGACAUACAAUCUCAUGUGUGUGAAUUGCCCCCUACAAUGAAAGAUAACUGCGCUUACAACUACAACGGAUUUUGUUAUUCCCUUCAUAGCCCCGCUUCAUUUGUUGACGCCCAAGAGGCAUGUGAAAAAGAGUGCGGGAAUCUUGUGUCAAUAACUUCUGAAAUGGAAAACAGAUAUGUCUCCAUAAUAGCAAGUAAUGGAACAUCUUCAGACCGUGCAUAUAUUGGAGCAAUGUGGCCAUCGCCUGAUUUUUUAUCUUGGAUAGAUGGAUCCGUUUGGAGUUAUAAUAAAGUGGUCCCUUCUAUAUCACGUGGCAGUGCCAACUGUAUGGUCCUUUCAACUUCAACAUUGACCGCCGAUCCGUUCGGUUUCUGGACAAACACCAAUUGCAAUAGUGUUUGGCCUUUUAUUUGUAAACGUCCUGCUGGAACUCAGUGUACUCAGAAUCCACCAGUGGUUACAGUCACUCCAGUGCCUCCAACUCAAUCUUUUUGCAACGCGGGACUACUCCAAGCACCCGGCGUCUUCACAUCCCCCAAUUAUCCACAAAAUUAUGACAACAAUCUAUUCUGUUCUUACCAAUUGGCCACUCUAGGAUCCUAUAAGAUUCUUCACAAAUUCACCGAGUUUAUCACUGAAGAAAUGAUCAUACAGUGGCAAUCUGGGCUUAUUCACUGUAAAUGGGUCCGUCACGUGGGUACCUAG